AUGUUACUAUAUGGAGUGCGAAGAAACAAUGGACUUCCUAAAGUACAGGUGCCAAAUGGAGCAGCUGAUGGAGUCUGUGUGUUUAAAUGCUUGGUUAACAGAGACACUGAAUAUUGUCGUGUGGGAAAACAGUCUUUGUUAAUUACAGUGGGAUACAACAGUGCCUUGAUUCAGUUCAAAUCACAAUCUGAAUACAGCACAUUUUCAGAUGCACUGAAGAAAUGUAACAAAAAUAAGGAGGGCUCUGUGUUCAGUCAGCGAACAGAUGAAGCAUCUGCGCUGCAGUAUUUUCAGUUUUAUGGCUAUCUGUCUCAACAACAGAAUAUGAUGCAGGAUUUUGUGAGGACAGCAACUUACCACAGAGCUAUCCUACAGAACGACGUAGAUUUUGUAGACAAGGUAGUCCUAGAUGUUGGCUGUGGAUCAGGAAUCCUUUCAUUUUUUGCAGUGCAGGCUGGAGCUAGAAAAGUCUAUGCAGUUGAAGCCAGUACAGUAGCAAAACAUGCAGAGCUGUUGGUGAGAAGCAACAACCUUUCUGACAAGAUUGUAGUUCUGUCUGGAAAAAUUGAGGAGAUCUCUCUGCCUGAGAAUGUUGAUGUGGUAAUUUCAGAACCAAUGGGUUAUAUGUUGUUCAAUGAACGGAUGUUGGAAACUUACCUCCAUUCCAAAAAAUGGUUGAAGACGCGUGGAAUGAUGUUCCCAACAUUCAGUGACAUUCAUCUGGCUCCUUUUUCUGAUGAGCAGCUGUACAUGGAACAUUUCUCCAGAGCCAAUUUUUGGUACCAAGAAUGCUUUUAUGGGGUCAAUCUGUCUAGUCUGCGCACUGCAGCUGUGGAUGAAUAUUUCAGACAACCUAUUGUGGAUACUUUUGACACCAGAAUUCUGAUGGCCCAGACAGUGAAGUACACUGUUAACUUCCUGGAAGCUGCUGAGGAAGAUUUGCACAGAGUGGAAAUCCCUUUUGUUUUCCAAAUGACACACUCUGGAUUAAUCCACGGCCUGGCAUUCUGGUUUGAUGUGGCAUUUGUAGGAUCAUUGGUAACUGUUUGGUUGUCCACUGCACCGACAGAACCUCUCACUCAUUGGUAUCAAGUACGUUGCCUUCUUCAGACACCCCUUUUCGUUAAAGAGGGGGAAUCUCUCUCAGGGAAAGUCUUACUUGUUGCCAAUAAGCGACAAAGUUACGAUAUUCACAUUGUGGCUAUGGUGGAUGAGACAGGAAUUAAAUCUUCUAACAUUCUUGAUUUAAAAAACCCAGUUUUUAGGUUUGCCUAGAAUAUAUACAUAUCUCAUAUAUAGAAGAUACAGCAUCUGAAAACAGAAGUGAGCUUCUCACCAAGGUGAUUAACCAAUGAGACUGAAACCAGUUUAGGUCUUAGGAGGCCUACCGGUACUUCUGUAAAACCAGUUUGUAGCUGUACCCAUAUAUAACUGUGUAUGUGAGUCACAUGAGAAGGGGAUAUGUGGU